UUUUCAUAACUUAAAUUUCGUUGCAGAAAAUGUGGAACAGGGUGAAUGAUAUAAAAAAAUUCAUCGAAAAUGGUGUUAAAACAAGGCAUAGAUCCAUGUUUGUCAUCAUUGGCGACAAGUACCACAACCAGGUAUCCUAUUUAUGAAUAUCCAAUACAGAAUGGAAUAAAGAAAAAGGUUGAUUAUAUCCAAUUCAUAAAAUUGAUUGUAAAUCUUCAUUUAAUGCUUAGCAAUGCACAAAUAAAAUCUAAGCCAACUGUUUUAUGGUGCUAUAAGGACAAGCGUCAUAAGAAAAAAUAUGAGCAGAAGAUUGAAAAAUUGUGGCAGAAGGGUCUCUUGGAUUGUGACCAAGCCAAUCCAUUUUCAUUGUUUCUGCAUAACGUAAAAUGUUGUUUAUAUAAGAAUUCAGAAAGUAUUAUGGGUAAUACAUAUGGAAUGUGCAUUCUGCAGGAUUUUGAGGCGAUAACGCCUAAUCUGCUAGCAAGAACGAUAGAGACAGUGGAGGGAGGGGGCCUGGUUAUUUUGCUGUUGCGUUCUCUAUCCUCAUUGAGAAGUUUGUACACCACUGAAUCACACACUGAGGUUAUUGGGCGCUUUAAUGAACGCUUCUUAUUAUCACUUGCUUCUUGCAAGUCAUGUUUGUUCCUGAAUGAUGAGCUGAAUAUUUUACUAGAUUCAUUUCACGUAAGGUCUAUUGUCCCAAUUUCUAUCAAAGAGGACUUUGGGGGACCCUCAAAAGCAUAUCUGAAUCUGAAGAACCUUCAAGAAAAACUAAAUGAAAAUUUAUUCAUUGGACCAUUGGUUAAGAAGUGUUGCACAUUGGACCAGAGAAAAGCUCUUGUCACAUUUAUGGAUAAAAUUUUAUCGAGGUCACAUCCUACUACAACUGUUGCUUUGUUGGCUGCGCCUGGCCGAGGGAAAUCAGCUACCCUUGGUUUAUCUAUUGCUGGAGCCAUUGCUGUGGGGUAUUCAAAUAUCUUUGUAACUGCACCGAGUCCCAAGAAUUUGUCAACCUUGUUUAAAUUUAUAUGCGAAGGACUUAAUUUACUUGAUUACGAGGGACGUUUUGAUGAGGUUAAAAGUCAAAAUCCUGAGUUCAAGAAAGAUACUAUAAAGAUAAAUAUUUACAAGCAUCACAGGCAAACAGUUCAAUAUAUUUCUCCGCACGAGAAUGAAAAGCUUUCACAAGUUGACAUGUUGGUUGUUGAUGAGGCUGCUUCUAUUCCUUUGCCAUUGGUGAAGUCUUUGCUUGGCCAAUAUCUGGUUUUUUUGUCUUCUACUGUUAAUGGUUAUGAAGGAACUGGACGCUCUUUAUCAUUGAAACUUUUGCAUCAGUUGGCAGAGCAAAGCAUUGUAUCUUCCAAGAGCACAGAGGACACUGGUUCUGGUCUUACGAAAAUUGAACUGAAUGAUCCCAUCAGAUAUGCUUCUGGAGAUCCUAUUGAAAAUUGGCUUAGUUCGCUACUUUGCUUAGAUGUUUCAAAUAUCAUCCCGAAUCUUAAUAGGUUUCCUCCAUGUAAUGAGUGUGAUCUAUACUACGUGAAUCGAGAUACCCUCUUUUCAUAUCACAAAGAUAGUGAAACAUUUUUGCAGAGAAUGAUGGCCUUAUAUACUGCAUCACAUUACAAGAAUUCUCCAAAUGAUUUGCAACUGAUGGCAGAUGCUCCGGCACACCACUUAUUUGUACUACUUGGACCUGUUGAUGAAUCAAAGAAUCAACUCCCUGAUAUUUUCUGUGCCAUUCAGGUUUGUCUCGAGGGGAAAAUAUCUAGUCAGUCAGCAAUCCAAAGUUUGAGCAAUGGUCAUCAACCUUUUGGAGAUCAAAUACCAUGGAAGUUUUGUGAGCAAUUUCGAGAGACUGUUUUUCCUUCCCUUUCAGGUGCUCGCAUUGUACGCAUUGCUACACAUCCGAGUGCCAUGAGGCUUGGAUAUGGUUCACGGGCAGUUGAGCUUUUAAUACGUUACUAUGAAGGACAAAUUGCUCCAAUCUCCGAGAUUGAUGAUGAAGGUGAAGUGCAAGCUACGAGACUUAGAGUUAUGGAAGCUGCAGAGAAGGCAUCACUAGUUAAAGAAAACAUAAAACCACGAGCAGAUCUUCCUCAUUUGCUGGUACAUUUGCGUGAAAGGCGCCCAGAGAAGCUCCUUUACAUUGGUGCCUCGUUUGGGCUAACCUUGCCCCUGUUUUGCUUUUGGAGCAAGCUUAAAUUUGCUCCGUUCUACAUUGGCCAGAUUUCAAAUGCUGUGACCGGUGAGCAUUCAUGUAUGGUCUUGAAAGCCCUAAACAAUGAUGAAAUUAAAGUUGAUGGAUCAAAUGAGCGGGAUUUUUUAGGCCCAUUUUACCAAGAUUUUAUUCAAAGAUUUACUAGGCUUUUAUCUUCUACAUUUUGUCGCAUGGAAUACAAGCUUGCCAUGAGGAUCAUAGAUCCAAAGGUCAAUUUCACAGAGCAAGAGUCUAAGAAGACCACUCCUGGUAAACUUUUGGGAUCAGUCAGAGAAUAUUUAUCACCACAUGUUAUGAAGCGACUAGAGGCAUAUGUCAACAAUCUUGUUGACUUUCAUCUGUCUUCAGGCCGACCGAAUACUGUCUCCGAGGGGCGGGGAGGGUACCUGCAAAGGCACUCCGACGAUCAAAUUUUAGAUUUAGUUCCCAUUCUUGCUCAUAUGUAUUUUCAAGAAAAGCUUCCAGUGAAUUUGUCACAUGUUCAAGCUUCUGUGUUGCUCUGCAUUGGUCUGCAAAAUCAGAACAUUUCGUACAUUCAGGGACAAAUGAAGUUGGAAAGACAACAAAUAUUGUCUCAAAUUUUAAAGAUUAUGAAAAAGUUUUACAAAUAUCUUUAUGGCAUUGAAUUCAAGGAAACUGAAUGGCGAUCGAAAGAAAUUGUCAUGGAACCCCAUGUAUCUUUGGAUGAAGAUCACAUUGCAGCUAAACAAGUUGAGGAUGACAUGAAGUCAAAAGCGGAAGCACCCGCACCCUUCACUCUUGAAUUGCUUCAACAAUAUGUCAUUGAUGAUGGGGGAUCUGAUUUUGAGACCGAGUUAAAAGAUAAUGGUGAAAAAAUAUCCACGACUGGUCUUAUUAGUUUAGUGAUGUCUAGAAAGAAUGGUGUUAAGACUGUAAAAAAUGAAAAGAAGCGACGCAAAGACAAUCUCAACCAUAAAUUAAGCAAAAGGAAAAGAUCUUAACUAAGAUCCGUUAGAGGAAAAAAUGGAUUGUAUAUUGAGUUUUUGUUUUUUGUUUUAGGUUAAAAUACAAAUGAUAUUUAUAUUGAACAUAUAAUCAAAUUGUAGUGUUAUACUUG